CGGCGGAAGAACACGAAUAAUCUCCCGACACCCCCGGGGCCGCCCUCGCUACCUAUCCUCGGGAAUGUACACCAUAUCCCACAGCAGGCGGCUUGGAUAGGCUUCAACGAGAUGGGGAAGAAAUACGGCAACAUGUUGUACUUCCACAUGCCAGGGAGAUCCAUCGUCGUUCUCAAUUCUGCGAAAGCUGCUCACGACUUGCUCGACAAGAAGAGCUCUAUCUACUCACACAGACCAUACUUUGCAAUGACACACGACGUGAUUGGAUGGGAUUGGGCGCUCCCAAUCAUGGACUACGGCGAGAAAUUCAAGCGCCACAGGCGAUACCUCGAGGAAUACUUCCGCAAACGCCGCCUGCCCAACUACUACGCCACUCAAACACGCGAGGUGCACCGCACCUUGUUCGACAUGCUCGAGGAUCCAGAGAACUACCAGAUCCACUUCAAACGAUUGGCGGGCGGUAUCACGAUGAUGAUGUCUUACGGCCACGAAGUCAAGUCCAAGGACGACGAGUUCAUCCGUAUUGCUGAGAAGGGUGUAGCAACUAUCGACGCAGCUGGUGCAGUUGGCGCCCACAUUGUCGACUUCUUCCCGUGGUUACGUCACAUCCCCGACUGGAUGCCCGGCGCCGGCUUCAAGCGCCUCCCGCCAGGCACGCGCGAGGACAUGCACGCCUUCGUUAACCGUCCCUUCGAAGAGGUGCUCAAAAGGAUGGCGGACGGCACGGCUGUUCCAUGCUACACAAUGCAGAUGCUCGAGGAGACCAAGGGCAAGGACAACGAGGGCGUGCGCGAUACGGCCGCGAUCACGUUCUCAGCCGGCUUCGACACGACGUACUCGGCGCUGAUGACCGUGCUAAUCGCGAUGUUGCUCAACCCGGUCAUCCAGGCGCGCGCGCAGGCGGAGAUGGACCUUGUCGUGGGGAAGGAUCGGCUCCCGACGUUCGAGGAUCGCGAACAUCUUCCGUAUCUGCAGUGCAUCAUCCUUGAGUCGAUGAGGUGGGGAUCUACCACGCCAGUUGGUGUUCCACACAGGCUUUGCCAGGAUGAUGUGUACAACGGGUACCACCUCCCGAAGGAUACGAUGGUCAUCGCGAAUGCAUACGCCAUGCUUUACGACCCCGAAGUCUACCCGAAUCCUGAGGAGUUUAACCCCGACCGGUUCCUCACAGGCGAAGGCCGCACGCCCCAGCCGGACCCCCGCGGUCCAGCAUUUGGUUUCGGUAGAAGGGUAUGUCCUGGGAAGGAUAUCGCCGAGAACAACAUCUGGAUCUCGACUGCUUCCCUCUUCUACGCGUUUAAGAUCACACCCGCGAUCGACGAAAACGGGAGGGAGAUUCCUAUUGACAGCACUUUUGCGGAGCACAGCGUCCGGCAUCCGAAGCCGUUUAAGUGCACGAUUACGCCACGGAGGGAGAACUCUCGUGCGUUGAUUCAACAGGCUGCAUGGGCGAAAGGCGUGCUGUCUGCUGGGCAUGAGGACUCGUGAAUGCAGGGCUUACGGAGUUGGUUAUGAUGGGUGUCUCUUGUCACGAUAUUUUAUUUAUCUCGCUCACGACUUGUAGUACACUCGCAUUUGCUGCAUAUAAUUUCUUUCUAUUGUGCAAUAGUGUCUGGCC